AGUAGUGUGAGAGAGAGCAGACUAACCUGAGCAGGUAAAGCGAUAAACGUGCUUUUCGUAUAAAGUAUAAAAACUUGUGUGGGUGAUAGUACUGGCUAUCGCUGUUUGUGGAUCUGUAAGGAUGGAGGCUGUGAAGCGGUGGAGGGCAGGAUGGGGCUAUCCCACCACUCUGCUGUGCGUCUAUGGGUUCUUCAGUACUGUGAAACCUCUCGUACCCUUCAUCUACCCUUACCUGACUGGCCCAGACAAAAACCUGACGAUGGAACAGGUGACCAACGAGAUCUACCCUGUGUGGACAUACUCCUACCUGGCUGUGAUGGUGCCAGUCUUUCUGCUCACCGAUUGGCUGCGCUACAAGCCCGUCAUGGUGUUUCAGUGCAUCAACCUCUUCAUAACCUGGGCGAUGAUGCUAUUGGUGCAGGAGGUGGCAGCCUUUAAGGCGAUGCAGUUCUUCUACGGCGUGAAGUCGGCCUGUGAGGUGGCCUACUUCUCAUACAUCUAUAGCAUAGUGGACCUGAAAUACUACCGCAAGGCUACAUCCUACUGCCGUAGUGUACAGCUGCUAGGCUACACGGUGGGCUCUGUGCUGGGACAGCUGCUGGUCAGUUUCAACCUCAUGUCCUACAACAACAUCCUGGUACUUUCCCUGGUGUUGAUCUCCAUUGCCCUGGUGACUUCCCUCUUCCUGCCCAUGCCACAGAGAAGCAUGUUCUUCCAUCUGAGUCAAAGUGAACCACCACAGACCCCAGAAGGAGGGGACAGGUGUGCAGGUAAUGUGUCCACUGAGGGGCCAGUGAGGGCUAGGGGCUGUAGCCAGGUAUUCCUGCUGCUGUGGAGAGACUUUCUCCAGUGCUACUCCACCAGGGCACUGCUGUACUGGUCAGUGUGGUGGGUACUGGCCACCUGCGGCUACAACCUGGCAAUUACCUAUGUACAGGUGUUGUGGAAGCACAUACAGCCAUCCCAGAAAGUCACAGUCUACAACGGAGGGGUGGAAGCUGUGUCCAACCUGUUCGGUGCAGCGACAGCCUAUGGCAUUGGUUUCAUCCAGGUGGACUGGGCCCAGUGGGGAGAGUUGUUCCUGGGCUCCUUCUCUGGCCUGGGUGCUGCAGCCCUGUUCAUCAUGACCUUCACUGACAACAUCUGGGUCUGCUAUGCCGGCUAUGUUGCCUUUAAGGGCCUCUACAUGCUGCUUAUCACAUUUGCCAUGUUCCAAAUUGCUACUGACCUCUCUAUGGAGAGAUAUGCACUGAUCUUUGGAGCAAACAACUUUGGGUCUUUGAUCCUUCAGACUAUCAUCACUUCCAUUGUGGUGGAUGGCAGGGGGCUUGGCUUGGGCAUCAUCCCACAGUUCAUCAUUUAUGGAAGCUACUUCUCAGCCAUCGCUGUCAUUUUUUUCCUGAGGGGUGUGUACACGAUUAUGAGAGUGCGGCAAAGCCACAGAGACUCCACCACUGCAGAGGAGCCUCCAAGUCCAACCCUGUGUUCACCACUGCAAGGUUGAACAUGCAGUGGACCAAAAAGAAGAACCCAAAGUAAAAGUGUUUUCAUCUGACCGGUUCUGACCACAGACAUUAAUCUGUCCAAAACUGAGGGGGGCAAGGUGUCUCACCAAACUUUUACUUUAAAAGCUAAUGUCAUGGUGCUCUGUGUACUUGUAUUUAUAAUUAAAAUAAAAUUCAUGU